AUGAGCGAGGCAAUCCGCAGCGACAAGAUCCAGGUUGCAAACGACGGGCGCCAUGCAUGGGCGAUGCUGCUGAUGGCCAAUGAAUCGUGAGAGCGGCGGCGGCGAACUGGAGGUAGCUGGCAAGGGUCUGCAUUAGAUCAGAUCUGACGGGGGUCAGAUCAAAUUUAGAUCAAUCAAGCCUCGAUAAAAAAAAAUCCAAAAGUAGGCGGUACCUAUAGAUGGUGCCAAUGUGAUUUGAAAUGCCAACUGUGGCGCACCUGAUCACUGCAUGAGAGAGAAAGGAGCGCGCCAUCUGCCAUCUGGCAUCGCCGCCGCAUUGGGUGUUGGCCCCGCGCCACAGAAAUAUUACAGGGUGUGGUCCUCCUCUGUUGGGCCUUCGUUGCAGUGUCAGGUGCUGACUCAUUGCAGACAAUUUCUCAUAGGGAUCAUGCGACCCAAUCCAGUCAUAGAAGCGGGGAGCUCCUCCAAAAAACGGCGGCUUAGCAAGGUGAUCACUUUGGAGGAUGAUGAGGAUGAGGUUGUGGAGGAAGAACAUGAGGAUUUCAACAUGUAG